AUGAAAGCCUCACCUCUCCUUGCCCUCCCAUCGCUGGCAGCAGCCUCAACCAUAACCCUAACCGCAACCCUCUGCUCCUCAACCGCAGACCAAGACCUCACCCCCUUCAACAUCGACCUACCCCUCAACCAGCUCACCGCCCUAAUCUCCAACCCGGACGCUGAAAUCUGCAACCUAAGCAUAACCGCCACAUCCUCCUCCUCCCUCGACCUUGACAGCAUAUCCUGCACCCUCUACGCCCCCGCCGACCUCACCACCGCCCUCCCCUCGACCCUCACCCUCGCCUCCCCCAUCACCAACACCCCCCUCGGCAGCGCCCUCUGCACCGCCCAAAGACCCACCAUCCCGCUAAGCCGGCGACUCCUGCAACUCCUGCACCUACACGCCGCCGCCCCCUCGGUCCCCCUCGCCGCCCGGGACUCCAUCCACACCAGCGACCCCAUCGUCGCCUUCGUCGGAAAGCGCGAGACAAAAACGUACGAGGAGAAACGCGCAGAAGCCACUGCCAAAGAUACGAACGGCAAAAACGAGCACAAACGCGCACAAGUCACGGGCAUAAACGAGCACAAGCGUGAAGCAAAGCCGACAAAGGGGGAACCAUCGACGCCGACGGUGGAGAGCGGAUCAAAGCCUACGAAUCAGGGGACUGAGAAGAAAGAAGGGGCGGGGGAAGAGAAGAGAGAAGAGGAAGAGCAGAGUGGAGAGAGUGGAGAGAGUGUGGGUAAGAGACUGGUAAAAAAGGGUGUUUUUGUUGGUGCCGCCCCGGGGAUUGCCAAGGUUGAGAUGGGGAUUUUCGGUGUAGGAGCGUUGGCGAUUGGGAUUGCGGCUUUGGUUAUGUAG